CACAGCACACCGCCUGCAUGGAGAGCAGAGCUGUGUAAGAUAGUACUCUCCUGUAGUGCGCGCGUGCGCGUGCUUAUGUGUGUGUGUGUUGUUCCACCAUGUUAUAAGCCCAUUUCCUUUUGGGAUUGCUCCAAUUCCCUGUUAGGCAGGACUGACCGGGGGAAAGAUGGAGCUGGUUGUUGCGGGGGGGGUUAGGAGUGUGUGUGUGUGGAGGCGGGGGGGCGUUUCCUUAUCUAACAGGCACAGGCAGCUUUUGAGUCACUUAUCAGCUCCAACCACAUUGCAAAAGAGCAUCCUCUUGUCCACUGAGCGAAGGAAAUCUCUCCACAACAGAGCUCUGAGCUGCAGAGAGCCAGCUCUUUCCAAUAGGCAGCCAGUCUACCUCCCCGCUAGAGUGCAGGGAGAGAGAGGGAGCGAGGAGGGGUGGGAGCUGCCUCUUCACUGGUUCUGAAUUUUUGGUGGCCGCCGCAGUAAACAAGUGACAGUAGGCGCGCAUUCUGCAGAGAAGACCGCUUUUGGGGAUGAGUGUUCUUUUGCAGUGAGGAUUUGCCAGCCUGGCUUGGAGUCCCCUUGGCUUUGGGGCAGCCGAAGACGUGCUCCCGUCGGCCUGGAUGGUGAACCGUCAGCCUGCCCCCCCUCCUACCCCCAUCAGCUGGGGGCUGUGUCGGUCUCUACAGAUCGCCUCGCGCUGACUGGAAGGGCCAUCAGCACCUCCACCGCGCGCCCACGGACUGGGAGAAGGGUGACUGGGGUGCCCAGCAGUGGGGUGUGUGCGCGUGCCUGCAUGUCUCGGGGGAAGAGGGGUUCACAAGGAGUUUGGUGCUGAGAACCCGGGAGCUCGUUACAGCCAGGACGUCAGAAACGGGAUUAAAAAAAACAGAGGGGGAGAGGCAGCGGUGGAGGUGACGCGUGCUCCUGACUGUGGACAUGGACUGGACACACCAGGUGAACUGGGCUGGGGGUUCGUUUGUGGUCUGUGAGCGUACCAGUGGGUUAACAUGGUCCACACUGGAAGACUUCAGAAUUCCUCUCUCCUGGGAAGACUUAGAGUGAUCUGAGUGAGGAGCAGCUGAUCAUGUGAGCUCCACAGGUCCCUGGAGAUUACAGUCGCACACAACACACUCGCUCGGAGACGGAGCUUAAGGGAGGUGGUAUCCAGUCUUCCACACAGCUGCUCAUGGACCUCCGUGGAAUUUGGGAGCAGCAUCCCAGUGGGUCCAGUGCAUUACAAGCCCAAAUCCGGCUGUUGGUUUUAGUGCUGGCGGGGCUUAGGGUCCGGCAGGCAAGAUAACACAAUCAGGACAGCCAGCCCAGCCAGGGAGGAUCCUUAUAAACACAGAUCCAACGUGAGAACUCCAACACCAAGGCCUGGGUGAAGGCGGACGGCCAGACUCUUGGGGAGGGCCAACGGAGAGAAACCCCUCCCCCCAAGCGGGCUCUGAACCCAGUGCGAGCAGCCACACAUGACAUCACGGCUUUCGCACACGUCUCGGAAAACCUACCGGCCGCCUUAAAACGCCCGUGCGGAGAGGCGCGGCGGGCCCAUCGCGGAGAACACGAGAGACGGCCAGACUCCAGGCCUGCCGAGGGGCAGAGACGCGAGGGGCGUCGCGGAAACAGAUGCCAGAUCUGUAGAAAGGAGGAGAGGGGAGGCAAAGAUACAUGGAUGGAUGCCCACAGGCGUCCUGUAUAACGGCAUAUGCGCUCUCUUGAUCAGCCGCCCUCUUGCAGGCUCACGCCCACCCGCAGGAGAGGAGCGUCUUGACAUGCAGAGGUGAUACGGACAGCCUCGAAUGUUUCCAGCCCCCGACAGACUCUCCCCGCCGAAGUGACCCCCGCGAGCGCUCCAACAGCAGAAAUAUCCCUCCCCCCGGCCUCCGCCAGAGCACAAUUAAAAUUAAAAGGCCAAAGACUCAGACAAAGAAGCAAAAUGAUGGAAAAGCUGGAGCCCAGCGGCUCUCCCGCCCCCCCGGCCUCUGCUGCUGGUGAGCGCCAGAGCCCUCUCCAGACUGCAUCUCUGGCAAUUAGCAGCCCGCUGCCUAACGAGCAGGAGAGCGAGGGAGGCACGUCCCAGGCCGCGGCCGCUGGCUCCCCUGGGGGGGCGGCCACCCCGAGUCGCCGGGAAGCAGCUGAGCCCGUUGCCAUGGAAACCACCGGUCAAGCGAGGACGCCCCCUCUUCCUUCGACCCCUGCUUCGUCGUCCUCCUCCUCCUCCUCUGAACUGGCCCCCCUGCCACCCAACGUCCCUGUCAUCAGCCUCGGCCACAGCAAGCCACCCAUGCCCCCCAUGCCUGGCACGCCAGCUUUAGGGAGCAGAGUGGUGCCCACAACUGAACUGACUGCCCUGCACCCCAUCCCCUCGCUAGUGCAGUGCCCUACGGACUCCCGGGUCUCCCAGCUGGCCGCCCUGACCGCUGCCACCCCUGGAAUGCCAGCCCAGAUGUCCCCCGUGCCCGUCCUGCCCAGCACCCUGCUGCCUCCUCAGUACCUGCCUGGGCAUCCCUUUCUGAACAGUCCUUACCUGGGGUCAUCGGCCAGCUUUGGAGUUUUCGCCAGCAGCCGCAUGAAGAGAAGACCCUCCGCGCACUUUGAAAUGGACUUGCCUGAAGGCCCGCCCCAGAAGCUGGCCCGCAGGGUCUUCACGAACAGUCGGGAGCGCUGGCGGCAGCAGAACGUCAACGGGGCCUUCUCCGAGCUGAGGAAGCUGAUCCCCACGCACCCGCCCGACAAGAAGCUCAGCAAGAACGAGAUCCUGCGGCUGGCCAUGAAGUACAUCAACUUCCUGGUCAAGCUGCUCAACGACCAGGCCUCCGACCAGGGAGCAGGGGGAGCUGCAGGCGAGGAGGACCAGGGGGAGGGGGAGAACAACAAGCUGGAGCUCCACGCGGACCUCCCGCGGGCCACCCCCGGCCAAACCCACGCCCCCCCACCGCAGCCGGGGCAGGCCACCGCCUGCCGAGGCAGGGACUCCUCCGACUCCGUGGUUGCCACGGGAACCUCCCCCGGCUCCAGUUGCUACGGCGACACGGGCAGCCCCGACAGCGAGGAAAGCAUGGAGUCCAGACUGACGGCCAAGAACGGGCUGGAGCUGAAGGAGCCGAUGAGGAUUGUAGCCGCUGUUAACGACCAGCGGUGACGCUGCCCCCGAGAGUCAGGCUGCAGGAUGCGAACUGAGACGUGAAUAAACGGGGCAGACUCUACGAAACAAUUGGCAGGGCCUUUUGCUGGUGUCUGCUGAGCAUUUUGAUCACGUUUUUCUGUAAAGGACGUCAGAGCACAUGCCCUAGACUGGGCCGCUCAAGCUGCCAUGAACCGGGAGGAGAUCAGUCAUGCUGCUCCUCCAGGAACUUCUGGUUGUGACUUCUCUAAAGAAUCGUGUAUUUUUUUAUGUGGGUAGAGAAAAUGACAUCACCUGGGGUCUCAAUAUCAGUUCUUCUUCAUGACGUUCUUGUUUUUGUAUCUGUUUGGCUGCUGUGGUGGUGCAGUGAAGUUUAGGCAUUUGUGGAGGAUGCUCGUCAUGAAUUCAUCUCGUACUGCUCUUAAAUUAUUGCCUAGUUGCUCUACUGAUCUGCACAGCCUUUGGCUUCCUGCGAGUUGGCUGAUGUCUGCGGUGUUUUCAGCAGAAAUCCAUGCCUUUGUGUAUCAGAACCACUGGACAAGGUCUUUUUCUUUGGGCUUUAAUCAAGUAAGGGCAGGUGACACAAUGCUGAGAAGCCAGCUUUGUCGUCAUUUUUAACAUCAUUUUUGAAGAGAGUGUGCAAUUCACGAGCCUCCCCCUUUCACCUUUCCCUCCCUCUGGCUUUCCCAAAAUGCUGCUUUAAUGCAACCCUCCUUUUUAUUUCCAUCACCAGUCAAAGUAAUAUUGUAGCAAUCCUGGGACCUGUUUUGCCUUUUGCUUUUCAGCACUAACAGGCCUUUCUUGUCUCUGUGAAUAUUGCAUGGCUCCUCACAUCAUGGUACAAUAAAUAGAGCUCCCUCUCAUUUCACUGUUCCUCUAUUCAACAUCCUCUUAUCAGACGCCCAGGAGAAAGAAAGAAGUGCCUUUUUAAGCAACAGUACUGGCGGCUGCGGGCUGGUCAGAUCAGAUAUGUUUAAUAUCAAAGUACUGUCUCUGAAAAACAGUAAACCAAAUAGGCAUUUAUUCCAGUCCAAAGAGAUUAGCCCAAUACUCUGCUUCGGAAAAAGUGCAGCAUGUGAACCUUUCAGUUUAAGACCUAGGGCUAUCAUAACCAGUAACCCCCCCCCCAAAGAUCUCUAUAGACACAGUCCAAAACACUUUCCACACAAAAGUAUGAGGAUCUCGACACAUUUCCCCAAAAAGCAGCACUAGAAAUACUAAGGGUUAUAGAUUUUCAUUAGAAUCGUAUUAAGUGUAGGCAAAAAUAUUCUACUGUAUCUACAACGAAGGGGAUAAAGUCUUUUUCAGUAUUUCUGUAUUAGACACCUGGUGUUAAAAAAUGUGAAGGGGGCGUGCAGAGCAAAUGUUCGCAUUGAGUGAAUUAGGGGUGGAGCUUCCUUUUAGAGUUCUAAAUCUUUCCAAUACCCCUGUGCUUCAUUCAUUCAUAUCCCUCUCUGUAUAAUCUGUUGCAUUCUCGGUUGCUGUUUCUAAUUCAGUUGGCCUUGCUAGCUAUUCCUACAGUUCCGCCCCACACCAGAGUUCUGAAAACUCAAAGGCAGGAAGUGACUUGGGGAAUGUUUUUGCAGCUGCACCAUCAUGUUACACCAAGGGGGGGAAAGUGUCCCCCCCCCCAUUCCUUCCUGUCUUUAAACUUCUGUCCUUAAGAUGUUUCUUUUUUUGCUUUGGGGGAGAAAGAGGGACAAAUAUAGUUCAUAAGAUCUUUUAAUGAUCUAUUGGAGCUGUCAAGAUAUAUUAUGACAAAGAAGGGUAGUGUAACUGCAUGGGAUAAAUACGGAAAAACAGAAAGAUAACACUGUGUGGAUUUACUGCGUUGACCUUUUGUAAGGGUGUUGUCCCAACUAGCAGCGCAAUGGCUGGAGCCAAGCAUAGUUCCAGGAAGUGAGCAACAGUCUUUCCAAUUGACGAUUCUUUGUUUUUGCAAAAGUGUGAGAGCAUGGGCUAGCAGUUUGGGGGAUAGGAGGGGCUGAGGUUUCGAAAUCCUGAGAAUCAUCGGGGUCUUGGGUGCGUGUGUGAGUGGAUUGAUUUAACAGUGUGUGAAAUAAAAUCCAUUUGAUUAAAAACAGAA